AUGCCCCAGUCACAGAUCGGUAUGAGGAGCCUGAAAUGAUGAGAUACUGCCUCACUUGUGUCACUAGCCCUGACCCCACUGGAAGUGGAACAGAGGGUGUCUAGGGACCAGGGACACAAGAGUGCCAGCAGAUGUUGUUUGCAGCUCUUGCAGUUGGAGAGUUUGGAAGACUGAUGAACCUCCGAUUCAGGCACAGUAGCGAUAUGCAGAGCUGGUAUGGUAGGUCGCCAGAGCAAGGCAGGAUGCUGGGAUGGGAGACAGGAGCAAUGUCAUAGGAAUAGCCAGGGUCAUCAACGAGCGGACAGCGAGGUACCAAAUCAUAAACAAGCCA